AUGUUGAAAAGAUCAAAUUUUUCAUCAACCCAUCUUCCCCAAAUCCUAAAAUCUCUAAACAAAACCCAAAUUUAUCCAUUUUCUACUUCAAACGGCAAUGGAAGUUGUUCAGAGUCUGAAACCGAUUGGGCGAGAUUGCUUAAACCUUUCGACAUUGAACAACUCAGGGAAUCGCUCCACAGAAUCACCCCACUUCAGCUUCAGAAAUUACUUCACCUUUCACUUGAUGUAUCAACUUCACUUGAGAUAUUCAAUUCCGCCAGUACCCAAAAAGGCUACGCUCAUACGUUCGACGUGUAUUACGCAUUAAUCGAUAAGAUUGGAGCGGCUGGAGAAUUCAAGACCAUCGAUAGAUUGUUGAUGCAGAUGAAAGACGAAGGGAUAGUUUUUCAAGAAACCCUUUUCGUUAUGAUCAUGAGGCAUUACCAGAGAGCCGAUUUACCUGGUCAAGCCAGGAGAUUGCUUUUGGAAAAAAUGCGAGACGUUUUCUUGUGUCAACCGACCUCCAAAUCGUAUAACACCGUUCUGGAUAUACUCGUCCAAGGAGGUUGCCCCAAAGACGCACCCAAAUUGUUCGACGAAAUGCUUGAAAGAGGCAUCCCUCCUGAUGUCUUCAGUUUUGCGAUUGUAAUGAAAGCACAUUGCUCCAUUAACGAAGUUGAUUCCGCAUGUACUCUCCUUAGACGCAUGACAAAGUAUGGAUGUGCCCCAAACUCAAAAGUUUACCAGACCCUGAUUCACGCAUUAUCCAAAGAUAAUAGAGUAGAUAAAGCGUUAACACUUUUGGAAGAGAUGAUAGUCAUGGGUUGUACACCUGAUCUUGAAACUUUCAACGAUGCUAUUCAUGCUCUUUGUAGAUCAAAUCGAAUCCAUGAGGCUGCAAAAUUAAUGGAUAGGAUGCUUCUUCGUGGGUUCACUCCAAAUGCCCUAACUUAUGGGGUUCUAAUCCAUGGAUUAUGUCAAAAUAAGCAAGUGGAAGAAGCUAAAACCCUAAUUACUGGAAGAAGCUAA